AUGCGGCGGAGGCUGCGCCUACGUGGGGACGCGGCGCUCACGCUGCUCCUUGGCGUGGCCCUUGGCCUCCUACUUUAUGCGCAGCGCGACAGCACGGCCCCAACGACGAGCGCACCGCGAGCGCUAGGGAAGGCGGCGCGGAAGCCCACUCUAGUGACCCGCGCAUUCCAGGCACCGGACGCUAGCGCAGCACCCCCGGCCUACCAAGAAGACACGCCUGCCCCGCCAACGCCCACCGGACCCUUUGACUUCCGCAGCUACCUGCGCGCCAAGGACCAGCGGCGCUUCCCGCUGCUCAUUAACCAGCCGCAUAAAUGCCUCGGUAGGGGCGCGCCAGGCGGAGGACCCGACCUGCUUAUCGCUGUGAAGUCGGUGGCUGCAGAUUUUGAGCGGCGCCAAGCGGUGCGCCAAACGUGGGGUGCUGAGGGCCGAGUGCAGGGGGCGCUUGUGCGCCGUGUGUUCUUGCUGGGCGUGCCCAGGGUCGCGGGCCUGGACGGAGCGGACCCUGAGGUGGCGGGCACGCGAGCACACUGGCGCACCCUGCUGCGCGCCGAGAGCCGUGCCUACGCGGAUAUCCUGCUCUGGGCCUUCGAUGACACUUUCUUCAACCUAACGCUCAAGGAGAUCCACUUUCUGGCUUGGGCCUCAGCCUUCUGCCCCGACGUGCGUUUUGUUUUUAAGGGCGAUGCCGACGUGUUUGUGCACGUGGGAAAUCUGCUGGAGUUCCUGGCGCCUCGGGAUCCGGCACAGGACCUGCUUGCAGGUGACGUGAUUAUGCAGGCUCGGCCAAUCCGCGUGCGGGACAGCAAGUACUACAUCCCCGAGGCAGUGUACGGCCUGCCUGCCUACCCUGUCUACGCAGGUGGUGGUGGCUUUGUCCUUUCCGGGGCCACGCUGCACCGCCUUGCCGGUGCCUGUGCCCAGGUUGAGCUCUUCCCCAUCGACGAUGUCUUCCUGGGCAUGUGUCUACAGCGCCUGCAGCUCACGCCCGAGCCUCACCCCGCUUUCCGAACUUUUGGCAUCUCCCGGCCUUCGGCUGCACCACACCUGCGUACCUUCGACCCCUGCUUUUACCGAGAGCUGGUCGUGGUGCAUGGGCUCUCGGCCGCUGACAUCUGGCUUAUGUGGCGCCUGUUGCACGGGCCGCGCGGGCCAGCCUGUGCGCAUCCGUGGCCUGCUGCUGCAGGGCCCUUCCGAUGGGGCCCCUAG